UCAACACAUGCAAUAAACCCCGCUGUCGCCACCAAUGUAAAAAUCUCUUCUUUCUAUUCCGAUCAUGUUUAAACUUUAAAGGCCACUUCGGCACUUCUCACUGAAAAAUCGCUAGACCCCACGUUAGCUAUUGGAUGUGAUGAUGGGGUUUCUACCCAAAUCGUCCCGUGAAGAAUAUGAAAUAGCAGAGGAGCAGUACAAUGAAAUUCCACAGGCAACUUCUCUCCCUGGCUCUUCCGAUCCCGACUUAGCCAAGAAGGGCAAAGAAGAAUUUCAUCUGUACUUUCACUAAAUGUAGACUGGUAAUACCACCAAGGGGAUGAAUGAUCUUUAUACUUUUGUGCUACAGAAUUGAUACAAUAUUAUAAGAACAUAUCUUAUCUCACAAAUGAGUUUGGAAGAUGUAAGAGGAUGGCUUUGAACUGAAGCAUUAGGGUCUCGGAGGAAUUUCAUCAACUAUCAACAUAAUGAAUUUCAAGACUACAAGCUAAUUCGAAAUUGUAAAGCAAGGACAAAUUGCACUUUUUAUCUUGGAUCUCAUUGUUUUGAAAUUAUGUAAUUUGUUUCAUUGCUACGAGUAA